AUGCGGUUCCUUUUGGGGACGGUGCUGCUGCUGGGCAUGGUAGACUGGGCAGUGGCCGUGUGUAGUAAACGUCCGACUCAGGUCAACGUUUCGAUGUGCAAUUGGCAAGGCCUACGUGCGAAUAUCCUGCGCGAUACAAUCUACCUCGACGGCGGGCAGCUAUGGUAUCAAUGGGAUUAUGAUGACGGUUGCACUUUGCCAAUGCCAGAUGAUAAUGUGAAAUCCACCAUUCAUUACCUCAACCUUACCACUUCUUUCAACACUACAUCGGAUUUCAUGCACAUCCUCAACAAUGUGUCGGUCCUUGAUGGUGCUACUAGUGUAGCGCCAAACUAUGUUGAUGGCAUGAUGCUUGCCAAUGACAACGAGUUUUAUCUCUAUGGGUUGCUGUCCCUCGUCUCUCACUCAGGCAUGCUCCCUAAUAGCGGGAUCUCCGGCCGUCCAGCGGCUAAUCAAGUCCUGUCGUACGCCGCGCACCAGUAUGGUCCUCAUAGAAAUUUGUGGGCGCCGGGCUGGAAACAAGAAGAACUCUCUACUAACGUCACACGGUAUAUUACCAAUGGAGCUGGUGCAUCUGCGCCCAGCGAGAAGCUAGGUUUUUAUUUCAGCGGGAUGCGUGCACCAAACUGGAGCGACUUUACUGUAAACCAGCUUCAAUCCAACCAGCCGGCCGACACACUAAUCACCGUGGACAUGUCGGUGUUGCAAGAUGCAAAGUGGACAAACGAGACACUACCGAGCUAUAUCCCUCCUCGUUCCAGAGCGGAAUUGGUCUGGGUGCCUGUAUCCGACUCUGGAGUUUUGGUAGCCAUUGGCGGAGUGAUUGAACCCAUUCAGUUUUACCGGAAUGCGGAUGCAAAUUCAUCUCGAACGGCAGAGAGCAAGAAGAUUAGUCCGACCUUUAUGGAGACAGUCUCGGUCUUCGAUGUCAAGAGUAAGACCUGGUAUCUCCAGAAAACAAAGGGUGAUAUACCACCACAACUGACGGAGUUCUGCUCUGUGCUUGCAAGUGCUGCAGAUGGGUCAUCUCACAAUAUCUACAUCUAUGGGGGGUAUGACGGUCUUAAAAUUGACACCAAUCCGUCAGACGACGUGUAUAUAUUGUCUCUACCCUCCUUCGAGUGGUUCAAGGCAUACAACGGUACAAACACACACAGUCGCAGCGGCCACCGAUGCAUCAAAGUAUAUCCUGAUCAAAUGCUGGCGGUCGGAGGUCACCAUGUUGAUACGGGUCAUUGCCUGGAGGGUGGUGUCGUUGUCAAUUUCAAUCUCAACACACUGAAAUUUGAGGAUGGAUAUGAUCCCAGGAAUUGGAGUAAGUAUAAAGUGCCAGAUCUCGUCACGAAGCAUAUAGGGGGCAACACCGAUGGAGGUGCCACCGCCGCCGCCCCAUCGUCAUGGACCAACAGCUCCCUAGCGGCAGUCUUUGGCAAAAAGUAUGGCAAGCCUAUCAAGACAUACUGGCCAUACAAUAGCACAAGCAGCAAUAACAAUACCAGCACCAGUGGCGCCGUGAACGAUCACAACGGGCGCAGUGGUUUCCCCAGCUGGGCUGGUGGAGUAAUCGGCGCGGUCUUGGGCCUACUCAUCAUUGCGGUCCUUGCAGGGCUUUUUUUUCUUCGCCGACGUCACCGUCAACGCAAGACUGCAGAAGCUGAAUCAGAGGCCACAGAGGCUAAAAGCAGGAACAGUCAGCCGGGAUGGAUGUACGCGAGCGGCCCAGCGUCUCCUGGACCCGGCCCAGUAUCUGAAUCCACAGGUAUGGAGACCACGGAGACUGGGCAGACGAUGCAGACCACGCCAACUCAGCGAUCAACACAGCCAUCGAUGACGCAGGCUUCAACUGUACCAGAUUCCAUCGUCUCGCCCGCAACCCCUGGCACGGUCGAAUCUGGAGGAGGUGCACUAUAUGAGAUGCAUGAUUCAUCGCCCGUCGAGCUCCCCACACCAUUCAACGCCUCGUCCUUCGCUCAUGGUGUGCCUUCUAAACCUGACACCAGCACUGAUUCAAGGCGAGGCUCCCAGUCUCCCGUUUCACCACGAACUUCUAGUCAGGCGGACUCGGAGUACUACUAUCCAACAGGACAUAACCGGCGCCCAUCUUCACUGUCAAUGGCGUCGCCAUUGUCGAUUGAUAACGUGAUGAGCGGCCGAUCGUCGCAUUUUUAUGAAUCUUUUGAUAGCUUGGAUACCCGAGGAGCAGGUCAUCGAUCUGAAGCAUCCCAGAUGGCCGAUAAUUUGGAAAGCAAGGGGCGGAAAGGGGGGAGCGCGACGAUUCGUGAGGAUGAAUAG